GGAAGAAAGGAAGAAGAAAGGAACGGAAGAAAGGAAGAAGAAAGGAACGGAAGAAAGGAAAGGAGGAAAAGAGGAAAGAGGAGACAGUCCAGGAGGGCCAAUUGGAGGCAAUGAACCACUGCACUCAAGCUGCAAACCUUGUUUUUCAACGACCUCAUCUUGAUGCUGAUGCAGGGUUCCUCAUCCCGGUCCCUCUGCCGACAAGCACCAUGUUCGCGUCCUCGGGAUUGUUCACGGCGAUCCCAUGUCCUUUUACGCCUACAUGUCCGCGCGAAUCAUUCUGUUUCUACUCUCAUAUCCCCGUUCCUGAAGCAGAGACCGCACGCACCGCCAAGCGGAAACUUGACAAUGCAGGAAGCACACAGGAUGCCACCAAAGAGGCUAUACUGCGGCCUGCCAAACAGAACCGUGUGAAGUCUCAGUCAGAGGAGAAAGCGGUUAAAGAGACAUCAAGGAAUCAACCCCCGAUCUCCGCUGUGGAGGCUGCCAGGAGACGCCGACAGGCAUUAGAUACCACCUCCACGUUGCCUUCUUCAUCCUCACUAGGAGUAAUUGCUGGAUCUAAGAGUAGCGCUGUCCUCUUGGCCAGACCCGACGUCGCCAGUGCGUCUUCAUUCAAGAAGGCGUCUGCGUUGGGCUCGACAAUAUCGGGGCCGCCGGUUCUCAAGAUCGAUCUUAGAGCUCAUAGCAAACCGCAAUUUCGCCAAGCAGUGGCAAUGCAGUAUUACAGCGAAUUUUGUCGCAUUUACGCACCAUUGUCCGAUGUUGGCGCAAAUACGGCAACCGUACAUGCCAUUGAGCAAGAGAAAGCCGUUCACUCGAAGACAAAUCAAGGCAGUUAUCGCAGUCUGGCAGCAACAAUCUUGCAGCGACUGAAAAAGAGGCCGCUUACGACCGGAGAGGAUGAUAUCGGGAUCGAUGGCGUAUGGGUUGAUCCAACUUUAAAAUCAAAGGAGAUUUCGGCCCUGGACGAGAGCUGGAGAGGCGCAUCCAAAUACGUUCAGACGCUGGAGCAGCUGGAGGCGAACGGUUACCCAAUUACGUUACCAACAGGCGCACCCGUGCCGCUAGACGAUUCCCAGAUUUGCGACCGAUGUCAAAAGAAAUUCGUCAGAAAGGAUGCGCUCUCCGACGAGGACAAGCAGGCAUGUUUCUACCACGAACUCCGGCUAAGAACAAAGAAGGUCCACGGUGAAAAGAUUAGGGUCUUUCCAUGCUGUGAAGCUGGACAAGGAAGUCUCGGUUGCAAAGAGGGGGCCCAUGUGUUCAAAGAAGAUGACUUUUUGUCCCUUCACUCUCGGAUUCCGUUCAUUGAAACGCCAAGAGCGAGUAGCUCUGGGGGCCAGAAGACUCAUGCAGUUGUGGCUAUGGAUUGCGAAAUGUGUUACACAACGGGCGGGUUCGAGCUGAUCAGGAUAUCGGUGGUAGACAUAGCCGGCAAGCCCAUCAUGGACGAGCUUGUCAAACCGAAGCAGGAAGUCUUAGAUCUGAACUCUCGAUUUAGUGGUAUAACGUCUCUGAGCGAUGCCAAGUACAGCCUGGAACAGGCACGGAGUCGGUUUCUUGAGCUUAUCAACAGAGACACCAUCAUUAUCGGCCAGAGCCUGGAGAACGACUUCAAAGUCCUGCGGCUGAUUCACACGCGUGUCAUCGACACAGCCAUGCUGUACCUCCACCCACAGCAUCUUCAAAACUAUCGAUAUUCGCUCCAGAGCCUUGCACGGGAGCAUCUUCGAGUUCAUAUCCAGGACUCUGAGGAGGGGCAUGAUUCUUUUGAGGACGCAAAAACCUGUCUGGACCUGGUGCGGCUCAAGAUCGCAAAAGACAUCACAUAGUAAGAGAAUAAAAAACACUAUAUCAAGUGUAAGUGCACGUCAGUUCUCCCAGGACGACCUCGUAUUUAUUCUUAAGAAUAAAUUUGAAGUGUCGAGCCUUUUGCUUACUCUCAUCGAAUCUGCCUGUUCCAUCCUCAGCUGCAGAGAGUUGUCGUAUACCCCCUCAUCAGCUGCCGUACCGUUACCUGGCAACUUAUCGUGUUUUUUGCAAAAGUAAUAAACAACGCUACUGGAAGCACC